AUAUGUCUCAUAGUCUCAAUUUUCUCUCUACAUCGCACAAACCCACUGUUUGCUCUCUGCAAUCCGCCGAGCCCACGCGAACCCAACGCCUCUUCUCUCCCUAACACCGAGCCCGCCUCUUCUCUAAACCCAAACCUCUUCUCUCGCUAACGUCGAACCCGCCGAAGUGAAGUCGAACCCGCCUCUUCUAUCCCUAACGCUGAGCUCGCCUCUUCUCUGAACCUAAACCCAACGCCGAGCCCAGAUGUCUCAUCUCUGAGCUUGAAAUUGAUGGGUUAAUAAGAAGUUGAGGAAGAUGAUAAAGAAAGAGGAGCCUAAGCCUUGGAAUGUGCCAGAAGUAUUGCGUCCACUAUACGAGUCAUCUACUGUUCUUGCUCAAAGGACAACAAUGGCGGCAUUAAGGCAGAUAGCCCAUGAGGUUUCUCAGUCUAUUGUCACUGGCUGGGGUAGACGUCCUGCUGCUCUAAGAGUACUGAGCCAAAGGCUAAGCAGGGGUUUUAAUGAGGCACUUAAUGGCUUUACUGAUGAGGGGUGGUCAAUGAUGGGAAACGAUGGCAUGGAUGAUGUUACUAUCCUUGUAAAUUCUUCUCCUGACAAACUAACGGGCUUAAAUCAUUCUUUCGCAAAUGAAUUUCCAGCUGUCAGCAAUGCAGUUUUAUGUGCUAAAGCCUCUAUGCUGUUACAGGCACAGAAACUUCUCUUCAACCGGUGACAGAGAUAGAGAUAGGGACAGAGACAAAUACAAUCCCAGCCCCAAGCGUAGAAAGUUUUCCGGGAGGUGAGUUUAUUUAUGACAUUGUCUUUGCUUUAAUAUAUUUUCAUUGAUUAGUAUCCUCUCAUUUAGCCAUGUAUCUUUGUUCUCUGAAUUUGUAGUUUUGUAAGUUAGAUGCUCUAACAAUACUUGUAUGUAGAGAUUUGUAAGUCUAUUUUAUUAACAUAAAUAAGACAACCCUCGAAUUUUAGAUCCUCUACACUGUGAUUAUCAAGUUUAUUACCCACAAAAUCUAUCAUAGCCUCUUUGGCACAAUAUGGUCGCCAUAUUGAUAUCUCAUCAUGUUUAAUUUGACAAUUCAUUGAAACCAAAGUUAAUUGGAUCAAUAGAGAGCUGCAAUUUGUGCCAUUUGUGUAAUGUUAUCAACAUAAGUGUGGCUUUGGCAUGCCAGACCACAGAUCAAACCAAUACACAAUUCAUGUGCGUACCAAAAUCUAAAUCAAUAAACCAAUAAAUCAGACUCCAAUUGAUUAUUUGAUCCUUAAUGUUCUAGCAAUAUGUUUUUUUUUCGGUGUUGAAUAUACUGUUUAUAUAUAUGGGUAGUUUACACAGUAUAAUUGGUUUAUAAUGCUGUUUAAAUCAUAAAAAAUAGUACUUCGAAUCUCCAAUUAUAUUUCAGUUUCUUGUUUGAAUAUUGCUUGCUAAGUGUUUGAUAAAUUGUCUCUUUCAAUAUUCAGUUUUUAUAAGAGGUUUCUUAUAGUGGGUUUAUGAAUCCAAGGUAAUUAAGUGGUGUUGUUGAUGUUUCUGUGUAUCUCUUACUUGUUGCUUUUAGUGAUUGAUUUUGAUGUUUCAUAUGGUAACUUCUUUUAUUUUUUAAUCUGAGUUUGGGUUGGGAAAAACUUAUUAUUUUUUUAAUCCAUAGUGUUUGGUCUUGCUAGUAAGGAAGUUUUUUUUUGAGUGGCUUAUGGUUGUUUGGGAGUGAGAGAUUGUAGGAAAAGAUUGUUUUGGUUUGUCUCUAUUUUUCACUACCGAGAUCAUUAUUUAUCUCUUUGGUGUAAGGAUAGGGUUUUCUUCUUGUUGUUUUCCUUAGGGCUGAGCAUUGGGCGGGUUGGUCGGGUUACAAGACAUUUUUACCCGUCCAAUGUCAUAAUCGGGUUAGAAAAAGUGACCCGUAACUUGCCCAAUUAAGACAAAUUUUUUUUUUAACCCGUCCAAUAAUUUGGGCGAGUUGGUCGCGUUAACCCGCCCAAACAAAUGUGGUAUUUUUUUUUAACAUUUUUGUAAUUUUUUUCUUUUAAAUACCAGUACUAAUAGUGUGAAGUUUAUAUUUUUAAGCUUAAAACAAUAUUUUAAAUUUAUAGUAAAAAAAUUAAAACAAAACUUAAUUAAUUUAUAUAUUUAUUUGAAUAUAUUAAAAAUAAUAAAUUCUUAAUUGGGCGGGUUGGGUUAUAUUGGGCGGGUUGAUAAUUAUUUUCAACCCGCCCAAUGUAACAAUUGGGCGGUUUAAAUUUUGGUCGGUUUAUUCAGGUUGUGUUUUUUGGCGGUUUUUUCGGGUUGGUUUGGGCGGUUUAUUCGGGUUGGGUGGGUUUUAAAAUUUUUUGCACAGCCCUAGUUUUCCUAGCUUUUUCUAAAUUUUGUUUGACCAAAAGUUUUGAUAUCUUUCUUUUUUAUUUAGGUUUCUUAUUUAUUUGUAUGUGAUGAUUUAUUUGCAAUAAGUUGUUUGAUUUAGUUUUGAAAGUUAGAUUUCUUAGCAUUAAUUUAGCAUUCAGAUGAAAUGGAAAUGAGGUUUGAUGGUUUGGUGAGCACUAACCGUUCAAUUCGCUCAGGUCUUUUGUUAACCAUAUCUCUUUAAAAGCAUAGUGUCGCUUGCUUGAUUUGAGGUGCAAAACACUUGAUCUCAAGCUUCUCUUACCAGUCAAAUUUGGAACUUUCUUCCUCUCUCAUUUGAUUUAAUAUUCAUUUCAAUGUAUAUAACAUGUAUCCAUUUACCUAGCAUUUUUUCUCAUAAUUUUUAAUAUUUUAGUACUGGUAUACAAAAUGUAUAUACACUUUUAAUAUUACCGUUCGUACCUUAGUUAUAUUUAUUUUUCUCCUCUUUGCAUUAUUAUUUAAUUUAGAUUUAACUCACUUUCAUUAUAUAUUAUAACAUUGUAAAUGUGUGUAUGUGCUGAGACAGACUUCAAAGAAACUUUUUUUGCAACAGUUUGCAAGAGGUAUGCCUCUAACUUUUAUUUUAAUACUAUGCAAAUGUUAGAGGAGUUUGAAUAUCUUAAAUAUUUAUCAAUAGUGAAGUAUGUUCUGGGAUUGUUACUAUGUGUUGUGGUGAUAACGGAAGGUUGAGAACUUGUGUAUCUUAGUAAAGUAGGAUUUGAGAAAUUUGUGUGCUGCGGAGAUAAGAAAGAAAACUUGUGUGUUGUUUGAAUUGAUAUUGGCAGAUGGUUGGUUGCUAGUAUGGGGAAAAUGUUGUUCGAUUUUAUGUAGACUUGUUUAUGAUCAUCCUAUAAUUGAAAUGUGUUUGUUUGAUUGGUUUGAUUAUAACAUAUACUUGUAUAAAUGUACUUAUUGCGUGUUGGCAUACACAUAUAGCAUAACCUUCUGUACUUCUUGUUUUAUAUAUGUUAGUUUUCUUCUUGUCCCUUGUCUAAUGUCUUUGGUGAGGUGAUUUAUAACAUUGAGCAUCACUUUUGGUUAUUGUGAUCACGUUUAUGUAUUCAUUUUUUUUCUUCCAAUGAUGUUAAAAUAAUGAGUAUGCUUAUUAUGUUGGUGAUUAUAAGAUUUAUUGUGCUCUUAUAUUUUUAAAGGCAUAUAAAGUAUCAUAAAUGCCCAUAAUAAGUCAUCCUUAUUUCUUUCUGAAAUUCUUAUGAUGAUUAAAUUGAGGAUAUUCUAUUAUUAUAUUGGGAAUUUUGUUAUAUUGUAAUUCACAACAUCAUUGGUCUCCCAACCGUCUCAAACCUUGUCGGCAUUCUUACAAGGUCAGUUUUUGUCUAAUAAUCUCUAAGAGGGAUUAGUCAACUAAUUUUACAUAUUUAUGUUGUUGGUUUUCUCAUUCAUUUGUUAAUAUAUUACGGUAAGACAUACUAUUUAAUUAUAAUUUGAAGUCUUUCAUUCAUUAGUGCAAGGAAUAUCAUAGGACUGACUUUUAAGGUGGAUGCCUAGAUUUAUUAGGAAAAAUAUUGGCAAAAUAAACAUGAUUGAGUUUGCAGUGAUUUGAAGAAGAGAAUUAUGUUGUCUUGUUGAAAUUUGUUGUAAUAUAUAUUUUGAAGUUUAUGGAUUUAUAAUAUGAUUUUUUAUUGAGAAUUAUUUAGUC